AUGGGGCGAGCUGCACCUGCCCGUCGUUCUUCUACGUCGUCUGCUCGUGUCAGCCCGAUCCCGCCAAGCUUGGCCCCUAAGGAACCUAAAGGCUCUUGCUUUACUUCUCUCUCUCUUCAUCUCUCUCUCUCUCUCUCUUCAUCUCUCUCUCUCUCUCUCUUCUUCUCCUCUCUUCUCUUCUCGGUUAUGCAACACACUCAGCCUCACUGUCCGCAGAUGUCAAAUGUCAGAUCGAAAAGAGAAAUCGGCGUCUGGUGCGUAUUUGGUGUCUGUGUGUGUGUCAGUGGCUGGCUGAGGUUCAGUGGGCUCGGACGGAUAAGCAUGGCUCAAGCUCUGGAAGCCACGUGUCGAUUUGUGCCCCAGAAUGCGGGGCAACGCUUCCUUCCGGAAGGCCUGCAGGAGAUGGAGCUGCAUGGGCGUCGUGGCCUGGGCGGUGUCUAUAUCCAAGUGAGCAAGACGGAGCGACAAGGCUAUCUAUGGUUCUACGUACCCGAAGAUGGCACACACACCGUCAUCGAGCUCAGCCAAGCUGGUCGUCCAGCCUGGUUCCGCCCGACCAAUGAGCCCGAUGUCCUGAUUGUCGGAAUGGAGAACCAGGUUGGCUUGGUGCACAUCAAGGACAGCAAGGGCGAAUAUGAGCACCUGCAUACUCUGCCGGCCGAGGUCACCAGCCCCCGAAUCAUGGUCAAUGAUGGUUGCGUUGCUCCAACGGGUGAAAUCAUUUGUGGCUGCAAGGACUUUGAGUUUGACAUUCCAGGCAACCGCGCAGGCACGUACGUCAUCUCUGAUCGUGGUAUCAGCAAGCUGGUGCCUGCAGGAGAGGUCUGUGCCAACGGCAACGCCUUUAUCACGAUCAACAACCAGCCCCACAUGUUGCACAUUGAUACGCCCAAGCAAACCAUCCGUGCUCAUGCCUACAACGCGACCACGCGCGAGUUUUCUGCGCCUGGAGCCGUCAUCAUCGACUUCAAAGACAAGGCCUUUUUUGAGGCUCAUCCAAACGCUGAUUUCCACCCUGCUCUGUUCCCUGAUGGUGUAUGCCAAUGGACCACCGCCGAUGGGCAUGAGAAAAUCGUUGUGGCUGUCUUUGACUUUCGCCCUGAUCAAGUGCGCUCCGGGCAGGCUUUCCAAUUUGACGUCACCAACGGACAGGCCGUAUUGGACGUGGUCUACCGGCUCCCUGGCUCCCCGCGUGUCACCCACCCUGCCCUAUACAAGCGGGCGGAUGGUCGACUUGAACUCUGGUUUACGACAGCCGACGAAAACCUGCUGAAUAACCUGCCAGAGGGCGCUGAUCCAUCCUCCAUCGGCGGCCUUUUUGCCCUUGAGCUUACCGAAGAACAAACGGGCAAGCAACCCCUCACCUCUGGUGUACACGCAUACAAGAUUGAACGGACCUAA